AUGCUUCCUUUCUUACCCAUAUUUUCCCUAAUCUUGCUGUUUGUUUUCAACCCUGCAGAUGCCAAUGGUCAUUACGACAAGAUCUUGGCUCAUAGCCGUAUCAGGGGUCGGGAACAGGGCCCAAAUGUCUGUGCCCUUCAACAGAUUUUAGGCACCAAAAAGAAAUACUUCAGCACUUGUAGGAACUGGUAUCAAGGUGCCAUCUGUGGAAAGAAAACGACUGUGUUAUAUGAAUGUUGCCCUGGUUAUAUGAGGAUGGAAGGAAUGAAAGGCUGCCCAGCAGUUUUGCCUAUUGACCAUGUCUAUGGUACCCUGGGCAUCGUGGGGGCCACCACAACACAGCGCUACUCAGAUGUCUCCAAACUGAGGGAAGAGAUCGAAGGAAAGGGGUCCUUCACUUACUUUGCACCAAGUAAUGAGGCUUGGGAGAACUUGGAUUCGGAUACCCGGAGGGGUUUGGAGAGCAAUGUGAAUGUUGAAUUAUUGAAUGCUUUACAUAGCCACAUGGUUAAUAAGAGAAUGUUGACCAAGGACUUAAAAAAUGGCAUGAUUAUUCCUUCGAUGUAUAAUAACUUGGGGCUUUUCAUUAGCCAUUAUCCUAAUGGGGUUGUCACCGUUAACUGUGCUCGAAUCAUCCACGGGAACCAGAUUGCAACAAAUGGUGUUGUGCAUGUCAUUGACCGCGUCCUUACACAAAUCGGCACCUCCAUGCAAGACUUCAUCGAAGCAGAAGACGACCUCUCAUCUUUUAGGGCAGCUGCCAUCACGCUGGAUAUAUUGGAGACCCUUGGAAGAGAUGGUCACUUCACGCUCUUUGCUCCAACCAAUGAGGCUUUUGAGAAGCUCCCACGAGGGGUCUUAGAAAGGAUCAUGGGAGACAAAGUGGCUUCUGAAGGUACUGAACUGUCUUUCCCUCUGAGACGUCUCCCAGGAAGAGAAGGAAGGGAGAGCGAGAUGUCUAAUCACACUGAUGUUGCAAUAAAUAUAAUGUUAGAAAACAGCCAAGAGUUGAUCUACUCACUUUAUGAUGACGCUAAUCACACCGAUGACAUUGAUGGAGUGGUGAUGGUUUAUUUUACAGCCAAACAAGUUAUUGAGCUGGCUGGAAAGCAGCAAACCACUUUCACAGACCUUGUGGCCCAGUUAGGCUUGGCAUCUGCUCUGAGGCCGGAUGGUGAAUACACUUUGCUGGCGCCUGUGAAUAAUGCAUUUUCUGGUACGUUCUAGACUUCUUGUUCCUCUUCCUACGAGCUUUUACUUCUCCAUGGUCAUUUGCAGUAAGAAAUAAUAGACGUUUCACCAGGUGUUGAUAAGUUUCUGCAGAGGCUACACAUACAAUGUUAAGGAAAUGAGAGCAUGCUUCUUUCUUCCCCUUGCUAGGCCGUCUGCAUUGAAAAUUCAUGCAUGGUGAGAGGAAGCAAGCAAGGGAGAAAUGGUGCUAUUCACAUAUUCCGAGAGAUCAUCAAACCAGCAGAGAAAUCACUACACGAAAAAUUAAAACAGGAUAAACGCUUUAGCAUCUUCCUCAGCUUACUCGAAGCUGCAGACUUGAAAGAUCUUCUGACACAACCUGGGGACUGGACCUUAUUUGUGCCAACCAACGAUGCCUUUAAAGGAAUGACUAAUGAAGAGAAGGAAAUCCUGAUGCGGGAUAAAAAUGCUCUUCAAAACAUCAUUCUUUACCACUUGACACCAGGAGUUUUCAUUGGAAAGGGAUUCGAACCUGGUGUUACCAACAUUCUAAAGACCACUCAAGGAAGCAAAAUUUAUCUGAAAGGAGUAAACGAUACACUUCUGGUCAAUGAAUUGAAAUCCAGAGAAUCUGACAUCAUGACAACAAACGGUGUCAUUCAUGUUGUAGAUAAGCUCCUCUAUCCAGCAGACACACCGGUUGGAAAUGAUCAGCUGCUGGAAAUACUUAAUAAACUGAUCAAAUACAUCCAAAUUAAGUUUGUUCGUGGUAGUACCUUCAAAGAAAUCCCCAUGACUGUCUACACAACUAAAAUUAUAACCAAAGUUGUGGAACCAAAAAUUAAAGUGAUUCAAGGCAGUCUUCACCCUAUUGUCAAAACUGAAGGACCCACAAUAACAAAGCUCGGAACUGAAGAUAAGCCUGAAUUCAGACUGAUUACAGAAGGCAAAACAGUAACUGAAGUGAUUCACAGAGAGCCAAUUAUUAAAAAGUACACCAAAAUCAUUGACGGCAAGCCUGUGGAAAUAACUGAAAAAGAGACAAGGGAGGAACGAAUCAUCAAAGGUCCGGAAAUAAAAUACACUAGGAUCUCUGCUGGUGGCGGGGACACAGAAGACACUCUGAAGAAACUGCUGCAAGAAGAGGUCACCAAAGUCACCAAAUUCGUUGAAGGUGGUGAUGGUCAUUUAUCUGAAGAUGAAGAAAUCAAAAGACUGCUUCAGGGAGACACACCUGUGAGGAAAGUGCAAGCCAACAAGCGAGUCCAAGGAUCUAGAAGACGAUCAAGGGAAGGUCGUUCUCAGUGA